AUGGCUGAUCCUAAGGACGACGGUGGAGGUGUGGUGUCAGGACCCCAUCUUCCUGCCGAGAUCCAGAACCAGACAGUCUCGGAGGUGGCGUGGAUCCACUACGAGAACUCUGCCAUCCUGACGGUGUCGAACCACGUGAUCACCCGCAACGAGCGCAUCACCGUCAGCCGGGACAAGAGGCAGAACACCUACUUCCUGCACAUACGCGACGUGCGGGAGACGGACACUGGCAAGUACAUGUGCCAGAUCAACACCGCCUCCGCCAUGACCAUCGCGGGAUACCUCACAGUCGUCGUCCCCCCCGACAUCGUGGACAACGAGAGCUCCGGCGACGUCAUAGCCCAGGAGGGGAACGAUAUCAAGCUGCGGUGCCGCGCCAAGGGGUCGCCGCGCCCUACCGUCACUUGGAAGCGGGAGGACGGCCAGCACAUCACCGUCAACAAGUCCACCACAGUGCCGGAGUACACGGGCGAGGUGCUGCAGCUCAGUAAGGUCAGCAGGAUGGACAUGGGCGCCUACCUCUGCAUCGCCUCCAACGGUCACCCGCCCACCGUCAGCAAGCGGAUCCUCGUCAGCGUGGACUUCCCGCCCAUGCUCUGGAUCCCGCACCAGCUGAUCGGCGCGGCGCGGGGCAAGACGGUGGUGCUGGAGUGCUUCACGGAGGCCCACCCCACCUCCCUCAACUACUGGACCAGGGGCGACGGCAACAUGAUCUAUGACUCGAUGAAGUACCGCAUCGAGAACCGCGUGGGCAACCCGGAGUACAAGAUCCACAUGCUACUGACGGUGCGCUACCUGGACGAGGACGACUUCGGGACGUACCGCUGCGUGGCCAAGAACCCGCGCGGCGAGACCGACGGCUCCAUCAAGAUAUACGACUCCGGCCCGCCCCCCACCAGCCCCCCGCCCCCCACAACGGAGGCCGAGGUGUUCGAGAAGAUAAACAACGGCGAAGAGCUCGACCUGAGGGAGCAGGAGCGGAGCCUCAACCUUCCCGCCAUCGGCCCAAGCUCAGGUACCCGCGGCGCCUACUCCGUGCUCCCCCUGGCCGGCGUUGCGGGGGCGGCGUCCCUGCUGUGGGCCCGCCGCUUCUGAGAGCAACGCUUGGCCGCCUGCUGGAGGGUGCCGCGCCGGCCACAGCAUGAGCGGCGGGCUGCCUCCCAAGUGCACUCUUUAUCUGUGAAGCGGCUCAGCCAAUCCGGGCGCAAUGGAGCGAAGGAAUGUGACGCCACGUGUAAACAAACGAACUCAGUGGUUGCUGCCCAGCCGACCAGAAAGCGAGAUACACGUCUUGGUGGCGGCACGGCGACGUUCCGUCGGGAGGUUUGUUGAUCUAUGUUGAAACUCAGAGGAAUUUAUCGGUGUUUAGAAGAUUCUGAACCUACUGCAGCCAUAUUUGAAUCCUAUCCCUGUGAUCAUGUUCUGUGUGUGUGGUUGGUUGGUUCGCUGCGGCCGAGUGUGUCCACGCCCUUGAUCCCCAACGCUGCUGCUGACUUAACACUUAUAUACAGAUAUUUAACGUUAAGGCGUUGAAUAAUGGCUUCCAGAUAUAUCUAUAUAUGAGAACCCCCUUUAACCCUUCUACCUUCCUUUCCUUUCCUACCCUCCCCUGGCCCAGAUGCUCCCCUUAGCUAGGCAGUCGGUCCCCCUUACCUUAGCUAGCCACGCCCGGAAGAGGCCCGGGUGGCAGCCUCGGUCCUACUCAGGCUCUCUCUGCCCCUGGCCGCGUGCUGGAGGGGCAUGUUGUGGGUGUUGAUGAUAUACGAUUUAUCCGGUGUACUAAAUAAACGCUCAGUGGUCGGUUUAAGAUGUAAAUAGCAUUUUGUAAUUUGUACACAAGAUAUAACACACAAGCACCACCUGUCUCUCUGUCUCCGUCUUUCCCUCCUUCUCCUUCUCCUUCUCUCUUAUUCAGGGCCCUUUCCUUCUCUUCGGCUCCUGACAGGCGGGCGACGCUGUACAUACAAACACACAACACCGUAGCGAGACGUAGAACUGAACAAAUACAGACGUUUUAUGUAUUUGUGUGCGUCUGUGUGUACAUAGAUCUAUAUCUCAUGUGUGUGCCAAUGUGUACGAGUGCUUCCAGACGUGUGUGUGUGUGUGUGUGUGUGUGUGUGUGUGUGUGUGUGUGUGUGUGUGUGUGUGUGUGUGUGUGUGUGUGUGUGUGUGUGUGUGUGUGUGUGUGUGUGUGUGUGUGUGUGUGUGUGUGUGUGUACGUUCUCUGAUCAGUGACUUAUUUUCUUAAUUAAACAACACCUGCAUAGCGGAAGUUGAUCUGUUGUUGUUGUUUGUUGUUGUUGUAGCGUCCGUGAACUUCAGAAGCUCGUGCCAAACUCAUCAUUAAUUCCUUGGAUUAAAAAAAAAAAACAUAUAUAUGAAUCGAUUUGUCUCUUUUGAUAAUUCUCUCUCUC